UUGUUUCAGAUAUUUGGUCAUAUUUCUGGAUCACAUCUUAAUCCUGCUGUGACAGUUGCUGCCUUUACGCUCGGCCACAUGCCACUUAUACAAGUACCGAUUUUUUUUGUGGGACAAAUACUAGGAUCAUUAGCAGGCUUCGGACUCCUCAAGGCAGUUACACCAAGUCACCUGCUCAAAUUUCCAAACUCGACCAUAGGCUUGUGUUCUGCCAGUCCAAAUGGAAAUUUAUCGUCAUUUCAGGUGGUUCUGGUCGAAUUUAUUUUGACAUUCAUUUUGGCAUGGGCCUGUUGCGGCGUAUGGGACAGUAGAAAUAACGGAUCCAAGGAUUCAGUACCUCUUCGUUUAGGAUUAACUGUCACUGGAUUAGCCUUGGCUGGGGGACCUUACUCAGGUGCACAUAUGAAUCCGGCUAGAACUUUUGGCCCUGCUCUAUUCAAUGGAAACUGGGAUUUUCAUUUG